CCAUUCAUUUUCACACCCUCCCACGUGCCUCUCACGUGCCCCACCCACCCAACAUUAACAACAACACUAAUGCGUUUUCAUGCACACACACAUACACUUCACACUAUCUAAAGCGCCAUUUUCACCCUUUUUGUUUCUCUCUCUCUCUCUAACCAAUGGCUUCUCCGCCACCCUUAACGCUAAACGUCGUCGGAUCAGACACCUUCCCAACCGUUUCCAGUUCGUUAACGCCUCCGUCACCGCGCCGUUCCUCUCCGUUACAGAACCUAAGUCCAAGCAUUCUCAUCAUCGUAACGGUGCUCGCCGUCACCGUCAUCGUCUCCCUCUCGCUCUGCUUCCUCCUCCGCUACCUCAGCCGCCGCUGCCUCCAGCGCUUCUCCUCCUCCUCCGCCGCGCCAUCCGCCGCCGCCACGCCCGUAUUCGCCGCCAGCCGCCGCAUCUCGCCCGAAGUCCCGCACUCCUCCGCCUCCGUCAUCGACUCGCUCCCGCUCUUCACGUUCUCCUCCAUCACGCGCCGCUCCUCCGCCGCCGUCGCCGCCGACUGCGCCGUGUGCCUGUCCAAGUUCCACAACCACGACCUCCUCCGCCUCCUCCCUCUCUGCUGCCACGCCUUCCACGCGCAGUGCAUCGACACGUGGCUCCAGAACAACCUCACGUGUCCGCUCUGCCGCUCCGCCAUCGUCGCCGCCGAUUCGGACCUCGCGAAAAUCCUCCGCCAGCCGUCCUCCACCGCGGGAAGCAGCGACAGCUUCCGCCUCGAGAUAGGCAACAUUAGCCGCCGCGGAACCGAAGGCGCCGCCGCCACUCGCGGCAGUUCCCGGUCGCGGUCCUAUUCCAUUGGAUCGUUCGAGUAUUUAGUCGACGACGAAUCGGAGGUUCCGUUCAGCCACGCUCGGCGGAGGAGCGUGGAUGACGCGAAGGAGUUUCCGGCGGCGGCGGAGAGUCAAAACGAAGCAACUCUCGCUGGCGAGGUCGCCGGCGUUAGAAGCUGGCUUAAGGAUUACAUGGAUAGGUUUUCCGCUUCUAUUUCGUCGCGAACGGCGUCGUUUCGAAGCUCUGGAAGGUUCUUCAGUGGCGCGGGGAGUAGUCGCCGAAGCGACGUCGUUCCGGUCGCUGCCGAGUAUGACUUGGAAGGGAACCGAAUCGGCGAAGAGAUCAGCGAAAUGUUUCGUUGGCUUUCAGGGGUAUGAUUGGUAAAUAAGAUGAACAGUUUAGGAUAAAUAUUAAUUUUGAUUUUCAUUCAUUUUUUUUUUUAAUCAUUUGAAAUAUUCCUCGCUCAUUUGGCUUCACGUUUGAAUAUUUCUCCUUAAUUUGUUUUGGGGCUUUACAAUAAAGUUAAUGUAAACUACAUAUGUGAAUGAUGAAUCCAUGUAGAUACUAAUAUGAUGAGGGUUAUAAGA